AUGAAGUACGUUCUUGUUCACCCCCACCGAGUCGGUUAUGAGCGCAGCUUCUACAAUGAGUUCUUCUUAAGCGGUCUUCGUGUCGACAGGGUCAAGCUUGGUUUCGUUUCCUGCACUUUCAAAGUCCCUCCUCGCCUCAUCCUAAGCUAUUAUAAUCCCACUGGUCUUUCUUCUUUCACAUUAGUUAAUCUGUUUGUAAGAGAGUUUGGUUAUACUGCUUUUAAUACGAUCGGAGGCCAUUUGCAGGAUGAGUUAGAGAUUACCUUAAAUGCUUUAGGACAAAGAGGAGGUUAUGAUGGAACAAUUGUUCUUGUUAGAAACAAAGCAACAGGGGAGUUAAUUGCUGAAGUGCAGAAUGCUGAUGGUGGUUUUGCUACAUAUGAGCUGACAAGAUCCUAUCAGUGGAUGGAGGAAACUGCUUGA